CCUGCUUGACACACACACACACACACACAAACACACGCGCAGCGCAGAGUGCUUCAUGCGCACCAGACUCGAAUCGCGCUGUGGAAUAGAAACAGAGACUCCAACAACAUCUGGACUCACACCAUGAGCGCACGCGGGUCCAUCUGAGGACACGACAGUUCCCCGGGCAUAAGAAUGGAGUUCCCAGACCAUAGCCGCCAGUUACUGCAGUGCCUGAGUCAGCAGAGACGGCAAGGUUUCCUCUGCGACUGCACCGUGCUGGUCGGGGAGACGAGAUUCAAAGCGCACCGAGCCGUGCUGGCCUCCUGCAGCAUGUACUUCCACCUCUUCUACAGGGACCAGCUGGACAAAAGGGACGUUGUGCAUUUGAACAGUGACAUUGUGACGGCGCCGGCUUUCGGCUCGCUGCUUGAAUUUAUGUAUGAGGGGAAACUGGAGUUCAGCAGUCUGCCCGUGGAGGACGUCCUGGCUGCCGCCAGCUACCUGCACAUGUACGACAUCGUCAAAGUGUGCAAGGGAAAGUUGAAGGAUAAGGAGGUGUGCGACGGGACUGCGCUUCAGGAGGACGCGCGCGCAGAUUGCGACGGGCAGAAGGCGAACGGUCACCCGGACCUUGUAGGUGUCAAUUAUGUGUCAGCAGAGGCCGAGGCCUGUGUCCGAACAGCUGGAAAAACAAAAGCUGAUGUCAGUAGUUCAGCCGUCCCCGUGUCCCAGAGGUCCCGGGCGUCGGAUGACACGGACUGCGCGCUGGAUUUGUCUUUCAAGCCUCUGUCGAGCCGAGACGCCUUCCACCCCUCCUACGUCUCGGGACAGCUGGCCCUCGACAGCCAGCAGCAGGGCACCGAGCCACUUGUUAAAGACGAACAUGACUUGCUGUCAGAGCAGGAGGACGGUGAUCCGGUGAGCCCGGAGAGCCAGCGCUUUGGGAAUAGCGCCAGGAGCUCGGUGGUGACAGGGUUCGCUGAACUUUUCCCCGGAAACAAGGCCGCUGCUGCCCUGCUCCCUCCGGAGGACGAUCUGAUGGAAGUGGAGGAGGAGUUGCGCGUGCGUUCGGAGCGCCAGCUCGGAGACAGCGAGGGCGAGGAUGAGGACGACCUAGCAUCCUCGGACAUCUCCACCUCCAGCGGGGUUCUCCUCCCGCCGGGCGGGCGACAAGUCUGCGUGUGUCCGCUAUGCAGUAAGGUUUUCCCGAGCCCGCACGUACUGCAGCUGCACCUCAGCUCGCAUUUCCGGGAGAAGGACGGCGUGCGCGCCAAGCUCUCACCCGACGGCUCCGUCCCCACCUGCUCGCAGUGCGGCAAGACCUUCUCCUGCAUGUACACGCUCAAGCGGCACGAGCGCACGCACUCCGGCGAGAAGCCGUACACCUGCGGCCAGUGCGGGAAGAGCUUCCAGUACUCGCACAACUUGAGCCGGCACGCCGUGGUGCACACGCGAGAGAAACCGCACGCCUGCAAGUGGUGCGAGCGGCGCUUCACGCAGUCGGGAGAUCUGUACCGGCACAUACGCAAGUUUCACUGCGGCCUCGUCAAAACACUGGCUAUUGGAUAACUGAAGCUCAUGAUGGUGCAAUCAGCGGUUAUAAUGAACAGGCUUGAGGCAGGCUAUUAUCAGUAAUAAUAAUAAUAGUAUCCAGUAUUUUGCAAUUGGCAGAAAAUUUCUUUAUUGACACAAUUGUGUCUCCAGCAAUCAACAAUUUGAUGCACUUGGGACUUUGACAUCUCAUGUAUAAAUAUAUAAACACACGCAAACACACACAUACAUGCAUAUAUAUAUAUAAUAUAUACACACACACAUAUAUACAUACAUAUACAUAUAUACAUAAACACACACACACACACACACAUAUAUACACAUGCAAUGCACUGAUAAAACAGUUCUGCAGCUCCGUCCAGAAGAUUUGGUUUCAUAUCUGCUGUAAUUUAUUACAAAUUACUUGAUCAUAAUUACGUUUUGAAGAUGUACUGUAUGGUUGAUGAUUUCAUUGAUUUGUGCAUAAUCUCACACACACACACACUCUCUUAUUGACACACACAAACUCAUUCACACACACACACACACACACACACACAAAUACCUGAAGUACAGACAGGCAGAUUUUAUUUCUAUAAGCUGUUACAGUUUGUUAUGCAGAAGUUUUGUGCGCUUUUUGUCUCCUGAAGGGCUUCGUCACCGAAGGUUCUGCACUUGCCAACAUUUAAAGUGACGUUUAUUUGCCUUUUAAAGCUACUGUCAGUCAGAAUUACGACAUUUUUCUUUGAAAACUAGAGAUAUUUAGUUGUGUCCUCAUAAAAAAGAAAGAAUCAACCCUCAUCAAAUCUUGAUGGCGGUCGGAGUUUAGAGGGAAUGAAGGACUAGCUGAGUUAAUACUAAUAUCUGAAAAACAUUGAUUCUUUAUUUCGCUAACAUCUACUGUUUUCUUUGUUUUGAUUUGUUAUAUAUUUCUGCAAACAGACAUAUGGUUGAACCACUGCUGACUGAAUCGACGUGAGGCCGUUUUGAAGGUGUUUUCUUGACUUUGAACGCUUCACUAGGACAGAAUGUUUAUGUAGUAACAAUAACUAGCACUAAAAAAAAAAAAAAUCCACGUUAUGCUGUACGUUUCAUCGGUCCUGAUAAACUUGAUUAGUUAUUUAUUAGUUUGUUUUUUGGUUCAGGGUUUACUCUAGACUUGACAUUUAAAGCAUAGAACAUGAUUGUGCUGAUAUUUGCUCUCUAAUAUUGGGAUAAUCGAUCAGUUGCUGUAUGUGAGUACCUGAUUUCAUCAUGCUUAUCGAAUGAAGUUUGACUAUCAAGCACUUCUGUGAUAGAUACAACACUCAUAUACUGUAGGCUGCUAUUUCUAACUAUGUAUUUAUUGUAAAUAUGUAUUUUAUUUAUCAAAUCCUUGUCACAUUUCGUCUGGAGUAUAGUAUGACUGAACUCUGCAGUUUUUCACACUGACAAGACAGUCUUCCAGCUGUAGCCGACGUUAAAAUCGCUGUCGUUGUUUCCUCGUUUCUGAGGGAAAGAACUGUUUGGUUCACAAGCACAAACAUCUGAAUGACCUGAAGACUAAUAAUCUACCUGAAAGACCCACAAUAAUGAUAUUUCUUACAUAUUAAAACAACCGUGCAUCAUCUGUCGAGGGACGUGCUUCAUUUGUUCACACUCGAUCCUUUAUUGAGAUCAGUGUUCUUGCACGUUUGUUGGACAAAUCUAAUUUUGUUUGUUUGUAUUUUCAGUUCUGUGCAAAAUAAUUAUUACACUGGAGUUUGUGAGCAAGUAAAUCCUUAACAGAAGAUUUCACAUGCUGGUAAUUUAGUUGAUUUGUGGAUUUCAGUGAAUGUUUUUAUACUUCUUUUCUCUUUAUUUUGAUGUAUUUACAUGAUCACAACUUUGACAAGAUGUUCAAAGCAACAUUCAGCCAAUAUAUGAAUGCAAUAAUAACUUAUAAUCAUGGACAGUAAGAAGAGAGAAUGAUUCGGGCUGUUUGUAAACACAUAUCACGCUACUUUACUGUCAGAUUUUCAGUGACAGUAAUAAUGAUUUAAAGAUGACAGGUGUGUUUCUCACUUCAGUCUGUAUAUGUACAUUAAUACUGGAUUAUUGUCUUCUAAGGUUCAGACUGUGAAAUUGUAUAAUCAUAAGUAAUAUUUAUUGGUUUGUUUCUUGUGCAGAAUUUUACUGUAUCUCAGAAUUUUGACUUGUAAAAUGAAAGAUGAUACUAAGUUGAGACUUUUUAAUAGACUUUGUAGAAGUGCCAUUAGAUGUAAUAUAAUUUUUUGAUAAACAAAAAACAUAUUUUAUAGGAAACAAAAGCUUCGUUGUGAGUCUUUUAGUGAAUGUAGAUGACAAUCUGUUUGAUUUUGAAUUUGCUUGGAAUUCUUUGGUAAUUUAUUUUGAUUCUCUGUUUGUGUGCGCUUGCUUUUUUUCUUUCUUUCUUUCCUUGUUUCCUUCUUCGGACACAUUUGACUUUUGUGCCCAUUUGUUUGUGCUGUGAAGAUGUGACAAUCUUUAUCUAGAUCUUUAUUUAGCUUAAGCGUAGAUUAAACAACAUUUUCUGUGGAA